AAUGUUACUAAGGCAUGGAUUAAGACUUAUAAAUUUUGUAGGCAUUUUAAUGGUUGUAUGUUUGGUAAAGUAAAUAUAAAAUUUUAUCAAAAUAGGGUUUUUAUUUUUUUUGAUAUAGUAGUUUUAUAUAUGUGGGGCAUGUAAAAUAUAUUAGAAAUCAAAGUAAGAAAUUCCAAGAGGAAUAGUAAUGAUGAACUGAGUUUGAAUUAUCUAUAAAACAUUAAAAAAUCAUUUGAAAAAUAGGGUUACGACAGUUAACGAUAAAUUUUGGUUUAGUGUAUUUUAACUCUAAGUUUGAAUGAACAGUAUAUUAACAGUGUAGAAUUGAAUAAGGUGACUUGA